AUGGCGGCUGAAGGUGAGCUAUCGGAAGGCCGCAUGGCCGACAUCAUUCGUGCCUUGGAACUUAUCCACAACCCAUCUUCAACCAACGAGCUUCGCAGAGAAGCCUUGACAUUUGUCGAGGCUCAAAAGGAGAGCAAGUCGGCGGCGCAUAAUGGGUACAUGCUAGCGCUUCCCGAACAGACGAAUCCUCUGGUCCGGUAUUUCGGGCUGGGUCUCUUGGACCAUGUUUUGCGCCACACCUCCUUUGAGGCUCAGGAUCAGAUUUUGGCUAUCAGGGAUCUCGUUCUGAAGUUGGCUGAGUCAAUUCAGCCCGAAGACCCGGCUUAUAUCCGGAACAAGAUCCCGCAACUCUGGGCUGAAGUGGCUAAGAGAAGUUGGGGCUUGGACUGGAACUCGAUGGACGAAACGCUGCUUCAAUUCUGGAAUGCCAGUCUUGUGCAUAAGGAACUGGUCCUGUCGAUUCUUGAAACUCUAUCAGAGGACAUUUUCUUUCGUGAAGACACGGUAUCAUCCUUGCGUGGCACAGACCUCAACCGGGCUCUGGUCGAAAUCUGUACGCCCUCGGCCGUCUUCGAGGAGAUCCAUCCGAAGAAGGAGUAUGUGGAGUUGCGUUGUGGACCUGAGGGAUGGAUGUCCCGCAUUUGCGCCUUUCUACAUGAAUGUAUUGGAAAUGUCCAGAGCUCGAAGCAGGCACGGGACUCAGCGCUGAAAGCCCUGGCUACUCUUAAAUCUGUUCUGACAUGGGCCAUCCCUAAGGCCGUGCUCUCUUCCAACUGCGUCCCUUGUAUUGCCAGUGCUUUCACCUGCAACGACGAGCUGGUGCUCUUGGCGGCCGUGGAAGCUCUGCAUGCGCUGUACAGCAGGUCUCACGUUGAAAUUGAAGGCUUCCAGCCCCUGGUACACCUCAUGUACGAGACUCAAGCCCUCAGUGUGCUCCAAAAGCUGUACGAAUGGUCCGUCGUGGGGCCGGAUGAUUUUGAUGACACCAAGUAUACUAUUUGCAAAAAGCUCUCCGAGUUGAUUUCGUAUAUCGCUGGUUUCCUCGAAGAGAAGGCGUUCUCUUUGGAGAGCGCCCAUGGCUUGGACCUACCUUUCUUCUUCCACCUUACCAUUACCGUCAUCCAGAAUCAAAGUCUCACAAUCUCGAUCCCUGUGCUUCAUGUCUGGUCUAAAUUGAUAGCUUCCGAGAGGAUCGGAAACACAGACCUGGUCACUGGUCUAAUCCCUUCUUUGCUGGGGAUUUGUACUGAGCGCCUUAUUCGCUGGGAGUCUCUCCCGGAGAAUGACGAAAAUCCUACUGUGAUGUUCCUGAACGAGGAUAUCGACACCAUUCCCGAGAGACAUGCAUUCGUGGGCAACUAUCGGCGAUAUUGUUCCUCCAUCAUCGAAACAAUCGUCCAAAAGCGACCCCAAGAGGCCAUUCCUCAUAUACUCGCAGGGAUCGAUGCCAACUUAGACAACCUGUACAGCGGUAUGGAGCCCUUUUCCGUGAAGUCAUUCUCGAAGACUUCCAUACCUCUCAUGCGUGCCGACACGCAGUUCGCGGUUGUUGAAGCAACUCUCAAAGGGUACAACAAAUGGGUGUCGGCCCAUGGGAGGAUGCCCCAGCAAGAUGAACAGAAACGCAGUGACCUGGAACAGAUUCUGGAGGCAUGGGCUUUCAAAUUGAUGCAGCGUAACUUCGAAGAUCCGGUCCUCAAACAAAGGGUGAUCAAACUCAUUGUUGAUAUCUCCGCUAGAGCUCUGGACAAGACGCCUAGCUUUGCACUCAAGGCACUGGAGUACAUUUUGAUGACUCGCCUACCUGACCAGCCCGAGUUCCCAGUGUACUCAGAAUCAGUCAAGGAGCUGCAUGGUCUUGCCAGCCAUGAGCUUCGCCGCCUGGCUAUGCGCUACGCGGAUUACUUUUCAACAUUCUACGACAUAUUGGAACCUAAGAUCAAGGAGAUUUCCAUGGCCAACCGGGUGGAUGAUAAGCUUCACAUGGAGCUCACUUCCAUUCUACUGAUUAUCAUGCAACGCGCGAACAAUGUCGAGCCGUACCUUCGCCAAUCUCGUCUUCUGUCUUUUGUGGAACCCAUCAAGCAAGCAUGGCAGGAAGAACAAUUCCGAGCUGUGAGCUCCACAUUCGAGGGCUUCUGUUCCAUGCUUGGACUACAGAACGUCGGGGCAUAUAUGCAGUCACGGCAGGCUCAGAAACUGGAAGACUGGUCCUCUGUUCCUCUCGAUAACGAGGGCAAGCUCAUUCAGGAAGAAAUGACUAGGAAAUUCCAGCAGCUUCCUUUGAGAGGUACCAAAACGAUGCUUGCCGUCUCCACGGACAAGCUUAAAAGGUCUGAACCAGCAUAUGAGCUUGCCUGCAAUGUAUGGCGUGACCUUAUUCCUAUCAUCCUACCGACACUCCUCCAGCUAGUCAGUAAUGCGCAUGCUUUCCACAAUCCCGGCAAUUGGAGUGGCUUGCCUGCAGACAUGGGCCCGGUUGUGGAGCGCAUCCUAACUGAUAGAUUUUGGCAAGCCGGCAUUUCAACCGGUAGUCGUGAUGAGUUUUAUGCUAAAAUUACUGCUUCUCGUGGUUCACUCGAAGGAUUUGCCUCUUCUGUACGAGGUAAGAUCCGAGCUGUUCGUGAAGCCUGCUACUCGAUGUUGUUCAGCAUGAGUCGACUGAGGGAUAAUUUCUAUGGAUUUACGGAGCUUCCUGGUCCGCUCUCGGAGGCUCUCUUCAAGGACUCUACGCACCUUUCCUCGCAUCAAUUCUCCGUUCUUCUCAAUAUAUCAAGAUGCUUGAUUGAUGACUGUCCAGUCCGCUUCCGAAGCAAUUUUUUGCCUCCCAUGCUAGCCGCUCUUUUCACUAGCAUUGAUAAGAAAGUCACAGCGGAAUGGGAGAUAAUCGAGCAGCGGAAAGAGGGACUUGCUGAGUCCGACGAUCUGACUGAUGAGAUGAAGUCCGAAAGUAUUCUGCGGCAGUUGACGUAUUCUGCGGUAAUCAUGGUAGCAAGUUUGCUCGAUCCCCAACGUGGGGAUCCUGAUGACGAGCUAGCGGACCCUAGCGCUCUGCAGCCGGCACCAGCACUCUCCGACUCAAUUCGGCACUUUAUUCUCUCUUCACCCGAGAUAUUCGAGCCAGUCAUGCUCUUCUGCACCCAUGCCCUCCGGAUGCGCGACACGCGUUGCUGUAGCAUCAUCACUCGAGUCAUUAGGUCCAUCCUGCAGGACUUUGCCCCUCCCAACAACACACCUACCACCAUCACCAUCCGCGAGUUCAUUUGUUCCGAGGUCCUCAAGGCCUGCAUCACGUCCGUGCACGAACCCUAUUUUGUCGACAUGCAGAAAGACCUUGCUCAGCUCAUUGCGUCCAUCUGGGUCCUCUACGGCUCGAGCAGCCCCACCCCGCGCGCCGUCAUUUUGAGUCUUCCUGGCAUGAGCGAGCAGCGGGUUGCUAAUGCAGAGGCCGCCCUUGUGCGGUCGACUGCCGCAAGACAGCAAAGAGCCUUGAUCCUGGAUCUCCUCGAGAGCUUGAGAGGUGUCAGCAUAGCUGAGCAAGGCAAAAUCUUGGGCUCGCGCGAGGAACGCCGGAAAGCGCGGAGUGCCCUGCAGGAGAGAUACAUGACAAGCGAGAUGGAAGGCCAGCAGAAUCAGAAAGUGGAUAUCAACGAUGGACCGGAUCUGGCUGGAGUGGCGGACUUGUUCGGCUAG